GCUUCUCUCGUCUCUGGUUCCCUGUAACCUACACCAUUUCUUUCUUUUUCAAGCGUGAGGCAUCACAGCUCCUUACUUGCUGCCCUUCAUAAGCAGCUGAUCGGCCACUUAUCAGCAACAAAGAUGAAGAUUGGAAAGACUACAGAGAUCCUGAAGAAAGCGGCGGCGAUGUGCAAGAGCAAGACCACCAGGCUCCUCAUCCUCGCCUCGCUCCAGCGUCGCAGGAUGGCCGCUGCCGCCGUGGUCUCUCACAAGAUCCACACGCGCAUUGUGGCUGACCGAAAUAGAGUGGACUGCCACAAGCCUCUCGCGCUGCGAACCAUCGAGAAGAGACCGGUGAUCGUCCAUGGGGGUGACUUGGCAGACAAUAUCUCUCAUCAGUUGGCGAUGUUAACUCAAGAGGAUGGUCAUGGUGGCUGCCCAGCUGACUGGACACUGCAUCCGCUCUUCAACGACGACCACAUCAACUGCUGUUACACUAAUGAUGAUGAUGUGCUACUGGAUGCCUGCGAUCAAGAAGACAACGAUGAACUCUCCGUCAUGGAUGUGAUCAGGAGCAACCGAGAGGUUGAGGGUUUGGAGUCCAACAUGGAGGAGGAGAUUGACAUGGCUGCCGAUAUGUUCAUCAGGAGGUUUCGGCAGCGGCUGAAUAAUGGAUUCUAGGGUCUUGUUUCCACAUGCAUGUACCUCGAGUUUAGGUGUUGUCCUUUUUUCUCUUCGGGUAUCCACUGGAUAGAAAAUUUUGUAGAAAUCAAUAUGAGUAGGAGCUGAUACUUAGCACACAUUGAUCUUUUUGGUCAUUUAAUUAUGAACAAUUUUGUUAGCAACUAA